AUGGUGGUGAAGAAGGAGAAGAAGGAAGCCUCUGCGAGCACCGAGUGGAUCACCGCCCUAGCCCUUGUGGAGCCAGAAUUGAAUGCACCACUACGGGGGAUCAUUGAGCUCUUUGACGAUAAGUCAGAAGAGUUGAUCGCCUAUGUCGCCACCGCCGGUCCCACUGAGGCUAGGCCUUCUGCUCCUUGGGUCACCACCGUGCCUAACACGAGCAGUGACUAG